AUGUCUGACUCUGAACUUAGCUCUCAACUCAUUCCCAGUCAUCAAUUCUCAACUCAUUCUCACACAUCCCGGUUUCUUGACCAUCAGGGAUUAAAAAGCAAGAGAACAAGUGCACUGCAAGAGAAUAGGAGAAUAAGAGAACAAGAGAACAGGAGAACAGGUGAACCGGAGAACAGAAAGCAGGAGAACAGGAAAACUAGAAAGCAGGAGAACAGAAGAACAGGAGAACAGGAGAAUAGGAGAACUAGAAAUCAGGAGAGCAGGAGAACUAGAAAGCAGCAGAACAGGAUAACUAGAAAGCAGAAGAACAGGAGAACUAGAAAGCAAGAUAACAGGAGAACUAGAAAGCAGAAGAACAGGAGAACUAACAGGAGAACUAGAAAGCAGAAGAACAGGAGAACUAGAAAUCAGGAGAACAGGAGAACUAGAAAUCAGGAGAACAAGAGAACUAGAAAGCAGAAGAACAGGAUAACUAGAAAGCAGAAGAACAGGAGAACUAGAAAGCAAGAUAACAGGAGAACUAGAAAGCAGAAGAACAGGAGAACUAAAAAUCAAUAG